CGGAGAUCAAUCUGCCUGACAAUCUUAUCAGCUCAUUUUUGGAAGCUCGUGGAAAUCUUGGAACUCUCAAAUCCAGCCAGCAUUCAGCCGAGUCUGCUGCUGGGGGACGACAAAAUCAAAUAAAACCAACCCAAGGCGGAAGGAAAACUUUUCACUGCUGGUCGGUUGAUCGGGAAAAAGUUUUCGCUUGAAGGUGGAGUAGAAUUCGUCGUGACAAAAGUUUUCCUCGCCAGAGUUGUGUCGGCCCACGUGACAACUGAUCCCAAAUCCGUGGCAGCGAGGGUGGUUCUGGAAGGAAAAAGUUUUCGUCCUUUUUUUUUGUUGAGGAAACUUCCUGAAAGAGACAACUAGGCCGAAUGGAUAACCGAGUUCUUUGUGGAGUGAAUUGAUUUGUCCUUCGUCAAGUCCAUUAAAUUGAGAACAUUCGCCCACUUGAACACGUGCAAAAAGGCUCAACCUUAUUAGACGGAUCCCACCAAAGUCCUUGAAAAGCAAAAGAAACAUCCCACAGCAUGGCCAAAAGGGUCCAAAACGAGCCAACAAACCAAUAAACACCGUCGUCAACGUGGGUUCGGAAAUCUGGUGGUGACCACCUGGCACUGGCAGCGACCUUCAUCCCCCGGGGCAGAUGGUGUUCGCCACAGAACCGCCAAGAACCGAUAAAAACAGAAGGAAAAACGUUGGCCGGCGGAAACGAACCCGGAAAGGCAGAUUUUGAGAGGCAAAACAAAAAAAGAAGAAGGUCGUCAAAAUCAACCACGUGUGCAUCCUUAACCUUAACCGUAACCUAAAAAAAACGAAAAUGUCCUCCCGGUCGAAGGACAAGAUGGCCGCGGCCAUCCGGAAGUUCUUCAAGAGUCCGGACAAGAAGGAAAAGGCGGCCCAAAAAGACAAAGGUGGUGACGGGGCGGCGAGUGGACCGGCGGGGGAUCCGAUGGUGCUGGCGGUGGCCGGAGCCAUUGUCCCCAGUGGGAGUGGGGUGGGGAGUGCAGCCGGAGGAGGGGGAGGCGUAGGAGGAAGCGGUAGUAGUAGUAAUCACCAUUCACAUCAUCAUUACGGGGGUGGAGGAGCGGGAAGUGGGAGUGGGAGUGGAAACGCGAGCAGUAAAACGAACGGAACCGAUAGUCCGAUGCGGAGGUUGCGAUGCUCCGUCGCGCCCAGCACCACCAGCUUAGUUCCUAUAACGAAGCCACUGGACACGACGAUUCGGUCCAGACGACUGAUGAAAGAACUCAAAGAAAUCGAGCGGUUGCAGCACUCCCGGGCAGAACCUUACUUCACAGUCGAACUCGUCAACGACAACCUGUACGAGUGGCACGCGCGCCUUUACCGGCUCGAUCCGGACUCGCCGCUGGCGGAAGAUCUGGUCGAGCUGGGCAUCCCGUUUAUCUUGCUGCACCUGGUGUUUCCGGACAACUUUCCCUUCGCGCCACCCUUUAUGCGCGUCGUCGAACCGCGGAUUGAGAAGGGCUUCGUGAUGGAGGGCGGGGCCAUCUGUAUGGAGCUGUUGACGCCCCGGGGCUGGGCCAGUGCGUACACCGUCGAAGCCGUCCUGAUGCAAUUUGCGGCCAGCCUCGUCAAGGGGCAGGGGCGCGUCUCGCGGAAACCCAAAGCCGCCAAGGAGUUUAGCAGGCGAACCGCCGAGGAAGCCUUCCGGUCACUAGUCAAAACGCACGAAAAGUACGGCUGGGUGACGCCCGCGAUGAACGAUGGUUAGACAGGCUCAGCAGAUUUGUGGGUGGUGCUCAAUAGCUCAAUCUGUACUCAAUUUGAACAGCAGGAAACAAAACUCCUAAAUUAGCGUUAAAUGAGAGGAGAAAUGCGCGCACGCGAGAGAUCGUUACGGAAUUUAUAUUAGUCUUUUAAGUGUUCACAACUACACCGGCACACACACACAGACACAUUCACUAAGAACUCGCCAUUUUAAAAGCCGAUUGACGAUUGUUGUUCAACCGAAACAAAUGAAUUUAUAUUUUACUUUUUGUGAUAAAAUGAAACGUUUAGAUUUUAAAGUGAACAACAGAUAAAACAGUGCUCAGCCAAAAUAAUGAUCUCGUUCAAAAAUUCCGACCUUUAUUGACAUUUUAAGUAAUUUAAGCAUUUUUUCAGAAAAUCGAAAUGAUUUAAUGAAAAAGUGCUAAAAUUUUUAAACAUUCAGUCAACAGAUUUAUAGAUAAAAUUGUGAUUACAAACUGUUGAACGAUUAGGAAAUCACAGUCUAAAAAAACUUAAAUCUAGUUUCUCAUCGGCGCUUUAUCAAAUCACUCACAUUUAGAUUCGUUUAGAACGCAAAAAAAAUCUAGACCACAUCUCUUGCAUACACCUGGGUGUGUAGAAUACGUGCUUAUAGCUAUUUACCAAUUGAUAAACUGUGUACUACUACUACCUUACUAGUGUAAAUUCGUCAAAACUCAGUGUAGAGCAUUAUCGGAUAGAGAAA